AUAAAAAGAGGAGCGCGGGGGAAAAGUAGGGAGAAGCUCCGGAGUCAUUCUCUCUCCUCCACUCCACGCCCGCAACUUGCCCGCUGGCACAUGGGUGCCAGACGGAGCCGCUAGCAGCGGAACGACCCGCAGCACCUGUCCAGCACCGCACAGCGCCCGCAUAGCCAGCGAGGCAUCCCGCCGCCGAUUGCCGGACUCCGUGCAUGCGAGGUGUGAAGCUGGGCUGCGCCCCUGAGCCAUCGCCAUGGAUUUUGUAAUGAAGCAAGCUUUAGGAGGGGCUACCAAGGACAUGGGAAAGAUGCUGGGUGGGGAUGAGGAGAAAGACCCUGAUGCUGCCAAGAAAGAAGAAGAGCGACAGGAAGCCCUCAGACAAGAAGAGGAGGAGAGGAAAGCCAAGUAUGCCAAGAUGGAGGCUGAAAGAGAAGUUAUGAGACAGGGGAUUCGAGACAAGUAUGGGAUAAAGAAGAAGGAGGAAAAAGAAGCAGAGGCCCAGGCUGCACUGGAAGCAAAUGCUGAAGGAAGCCUGACUCGUCCAAAGAAGGCUAUUCCUCCUGGCUGUGGGGAGGAGGAGGAGGAGGAAGAAGAGAGUAUUCUAGACACAGUCAUCAAAUACCUACCGGGUCCCCUGCAGGACAUGUUCAAGAAGUAAUAACUGCAGACUGCUAGAUGGGCAUAAACAGUACUGCAAAGGAUUUCUCUUUUGCCCAAUGGGGAUUUACAAUCUAGCCAUCCAUCAUGCACCUCUGCCCUCUAAUGCUCACUAGGAGUCCUUUUGCUUCCCAUUGCCCCCUGCCUCUUCCCUUUGCCUCUACCCCAAGAUUCAUCCGUCCUUUUUUUUGUAAAUAGUCACAUCCAGUAGAUGCCUCUAAAUGUAUGUAAAAAUUAAAAAGCUGCAGACUACACAACUUUUAUUAUAAGCCAUAGUACUGUGUAUGUUAAAUAAGGCAACUGUACAUUAAGCAUAGAAAAGGAACAACCUCACCUGCAUUUUGACCCAAAGCAAGAAGAAUUGUUUAUUCAGUGUGAACAGUAUCCUUUUUAGUUUUCUUUAAUUAUUAUUACUGAUAAUAAUUAUUAGUUUUUUUAUUAACGUUCUUGUUGAUUGGGUCACAUUAGCCAUUUGUUGUUGAGCACAUCUACCCUUGGAAAGAAUAUCUCAGUUCUCCCAUGGAAGCAGAGCUUUUCAGUUUUAAUUCCAUCACUGGCAUAAAUAAAAAAUCAUUUGGAAGCUAAAUCAUGCAUGACUUACACAGCUGACAUCACUCAGAACGAUAGAAGAAGUGAGUCAUCUGCCCUCAGAUGCUGAUAGAAGUUAAAUGCCUCAGAAUCUAAGCAAGAGUCAUGUCACUUUGGUAAUUAGCCAUACACUUAACUUGAAAGAGCAGAUUUGGUCUGACAGGUGACAUAUAGAGAGCCAAAACUACAGUAGGGUGUGUGGUACUAUUAGAGGACCUCUCCACUUCUUGGAAGUCAGUGAUCAAGAAUGUCGGCCUCUCUGAUUAACUAAACUUCCUUUUUCUGCCCAGUGCCAUAUUUGACAAUCUCAUUCCCAGCAGUGCUUGCAUUUUGUCUCCAGUACAUUGUUACUGCUGUGUUCUACCCAUCCUUCAGUGCAGUUGUGGGAGAAAGUGAAAGUUAGACAUGACACUAGAGAGCCAGAAAUUCUAAGUUUCCUACAUUCAUACUAAGUUGCUCUGCUGCCUUGGAGAGGUAAUUCAUUUUUCUGAUUCAGUUCCUCCAGCUGUUAAACUGAACUUUCAGUCUACACCUACUGUAAAAGGAUGUAGUAAGGAUGAUUGCACAGUUCUUUUCCAGUAUUUUGCAGGAGCUAAUUAAUAUUUUAACAGUGUAUAGUAUCUGUUGAUUCUACAAAAGUAUGAGGAAAUUGCUCUCUCAACACUGUCUUUAGUACCUUAGCCAGACAUAGGUACAGAUUUUUUCUAGUGCAGCACAGUAAGCAUUGAGUAACUAAAUAAGAAAAGCCAAAUUCUUCUGAAGAUGUUGAUUUGCUAGUACACACACACUCAACAGAUUUAUUUUGAACACGAUCCCUUGCUAAGUUUUCUGGAAAAAAAGCUGAAAAGCUGAUGGUAGAAUUUUUGUAUUUGGCUACAUCACCGUAGUAGCUGCUAUAAGAGCAUCAACCAUCUCAGUCUCACAAUCUUAUAGGAUAAUCACAGAACCAUAGAAUCAUAGAAUAUCUUGUGUUGGAAGGAACCAUUGAGUCCAACUCCUGUUCCAUUGCUAUGCCAGGUUUUUCUUAAACUUAAACAGGUUCACCUAAUUCAAUAACAUGGUAUUUUUUUUAGAAAAGGCAGUUUCCUUUCCUUUAAGGGUGAAUCUUGGCCUCCUCAUCAGUUUUCAAAAUUAUAAUACCAUGACACUGUAUUAAAGUGGUAGGAAUCUACUGAUUAAAAAAGAUGGAGAACUUGUAGUUCACCAGCAUGCAUCAAGUACAGUGGACAGAUACCAUCUCCAUGUAAUCAGGGUUUGCCUCACAAAAGUAGUACUGUUUAUUCCUAUCAUGGAAACAGUAGAAACAGCAACAGAAAGGAAAACAAUCUGAGAUAUCUCAUUAGGUAUCUAAAAUUAAGCAUUUUACCCUAAUGGAACUUAUUUGAUUCACUUGUUGAGUAUAACUGACCAUAGGCAAAUAUUCCUGUACUUUUCUGGAUAUGGAACUUAAAGAGAUAUUUGUCAUCCUUUCAAGUAAGUAUAAGCAUCAUAGUUAAGGCAGUGAGCCUUAACUACGUAAACUAGUGUGAAUUCUGUGUUUUUUAGCAGCAUCUUGUACAGUAGGAAAAAAAAUAUUGUGAAAGAAAAUAAAUACAUUCAUUUUGUCCCAUUCACCCAAUUGUAUUGGGUGUAUUGACUAUACCCAGUUUGGGUAUAUCAGCAGUCCUUGCUGCUUCCCAACAAACUUCAGUGGCAAGCUUCUACGAAAUCUAGGGUGGAAGUUGAGGAUAUUAAACUGAUCUACAAGUCAAAACCAGCUGAUAAAAAGGCAACUUGUUCUGAGUUGGAUCUACAAACAAGACAUGCAAACUGCUCUGAGUUUUUUGCAAGGAAAGAAGAAGGUAGGUUUUACCCUUUCAGAUAAUAUCAGUGCUUUUCUGCCCUUUCAUUAGAGUAAAAUGAGUGUGUCCCACUCAGACUUCAAUGACCCAGAACACUCUUUAACUCUGGAUCAAUGCUUGGUUAGUGCUGAGCAACAUAUCAUUUUCUAGGGAGAACAUCCUACUCACUCCAUGCAAAUUCAGCCACCACUAAAGUAGCUAUGCUUGUUUAAGUAAAUUAAAUAAAGCUUACUUAAGUAGAUCUCAAACAACUGAAAACUCUCCUGCUACAAAGGCAGCAGCUUUUUUUGUUUGUUUGUUUUUGUUUUGUUUUUUUUUUAUGCUCUGAGAGAGAAUUAGAUCCAACACCCCUGAAAGCUGAAAGGUAGAGAGCCUGGUUCUUUGCUCCAGCCAUUCACUGGUAGUGAAAUCUGCUGACACACUAACAUCACAUCUUCUGAAACUCUCUGACUGAUGUGAGUGGCUGGUCUAUUUUCCCUAAUGCAUAAGUCAAAGCAGCACAAAAGUUCUCCUGCUAAAAGAAAUAUAUUCAUUCAUUUAUAAUCUCCCCUGGUCUUGUCUUGGAGGAGUCUACAAACAAAGAAACAAGAGGUUGAACUCAUACUGCUUUACUUUGGAUUUCUCUAAGGUUUGUUUGUUGACCUAUCCCUAGCCCACAUCAUGGACUCAUCUCUUCAUCCAGUCAAAUACUGUCCAUGAGGCAGAAGCAAGGUUUGCUACAUGCUGUCCCUUAUGUUGGACAAUACUGCCAAUUGUUUGUUGGUUUUCAGUUUUCCUGGCACCUUGACGGGUGCACUUGUGUGUGGAAGAGGAAACCACAGAGGGUCAGGAGAGAUAACGGAGGGAUAUUUGAUAUAAUUUUUUCUAAUUGUGCCUCAACAGCUGCGCCAUUAACUGGUCUAAGUCAGAAUCUUGUGUAGCCUAUGCUCUAAUGUCAUAAGCAAGUAGUAUUCUUCCCACGCUCAGUGUAUUAAAAAAAAAAAGUAUUUCUUUUUGUGAGCUGAGCCCACAAUGGUGUGUACAUCUAGAUCCAAACUCUGAAAAAUGCUGUGGGAACACUGUGUGGAGUUUGUUACAAGUUAGGCUCACAAAGCAGGAGCAAAAGGAGAAGUGGUUUAUUGAAUAAUAUUUGCUGAGCAUUUUUCAUUGUGGGAGCUUUCCAGCCCAGCCAUGUCAUCAGUUCUGUACCUCAGCUCUCCCAGACCACAGUAGACCUUACUCCAUGGGCAGUAGAGUUCAGCCAGUUGUGAGCUGCCAGAUAUGAAUUUUCCUUUUAAUUUUGAAUUUCUUUCAAUAAAGAAAUGUGACAGAAGACCUACCACAGGUACUGGGCAGAUUUUUCUUGGUUUUGUCUCAGAUAACCUUGCAUGAAUUCUGGGCCUCUCCCCAAGGCAUUCCUUCAUCUCCAAAGUGCCUAAGCCAAUCUGAACAGGCUCGAAAGCAGGCACUCCCCCCUCCCUUGUGCCCAUUCUUUCCGCUUCCCACCCUGCACUACCAAAACGGUGCACAAGACCUUUGGCUGAUGUAUGAGUGUGAGAAGCAUUGUCAGACACUAUCCCCCUCAGCACACAAGCAGGCGUUGAAGCACUUGAACAAGACCAAAGAUAAGUAUAGUUCAUUGUUUAGAUUCUGAAUUUCUCUUUGUCAUUCCAUGCCAUUGUUUCGUUUGUGUUGCUAGUCUGUUCAAUCUUAGGUAAAUGAGGUCUUCUUUUCUUUUUUCUCUUUUCUUUCUGUCCCUUUUCCCUCCCACCUCCCUCCCCCUACCCC